AUGGUUCUUUCACCAGCUUUGCUACGCCACAAACGGUCUCAAAAACGAGGCCAGAGACUUACUCUUAUGCUCUGUGGUGAAUCAGGUUCAGGCAAAUCAUCCUUCAUCAAUACCUUAUGCCGUACAAACGUCAUUGCACCACUUGACUUACUCAAUAACAUCCCAUCUCACUCAGAAUCUGCACACCUUGAUGCAGGUCUGCGGCUUGACUCAAUGACAGUUGAAAUCCCAGAUCAAGGUGAAGGAGUUCUGACACUCAAUUUAAUUGAUCCUGUAGGAUUCGGUCAGAAUCUAGACAGUGGGCCAGUGUUUGACGAGAUUGUUCAUUAUGUGGAAAAACAGUUCGAUGCAGUACUAGCAGAAGAGUCUCGAAUUAAACGUAACCCUCGGUUUACUGAUACAAGAGUACACGCGAUUUUGUAUUUUGUCCAGCCCACAGGACAUGGUCUACGGGAACCAGACAUUGAGUUUCUACAACGUCUAGCACCAAAGGCCAAUGUAAUCCCAGUGUUGUCCAAAGCAGAUGGGUUGACUACGGGAGAAUUACAACUCAACAAGCAAUUGGUGAUGGAAGACAUUCGGCGACUUCAAAUCCCAGUGUAUGGGUUCCCAGGGGGGGAUGGGUUCCAAUAUGGAAAGGCAGUGACGACAGCUAUAUCAGCAGCAGCAGCAGCAGCAACGACAGCUGUAGCUACUGGUGGGGAGAAAAGAAGGAAUGGAAAAAAGUCUCAAGCGGAUAGAAAUAGAGAAAGUCGGCGAAGGAAUAGUCGGAUGGGAGUUUAUGAUGAUCUUUAUGUGGAAGAUAAGUUGCAUGAUGAUAUCGAAGAAGAUGAGAAUGAAGAAGAUGGAAAUGAUGAUGAUGAUGAUGAAGAAGAAGGUGAAGAUGAUGAUGAGUUUGUGAAAAUCUCAAAACAAGCCAAGGGAAUGGUGCCAUUUGCGGUAGUUGGUGCAUCGGACAUUGACGAACAUCAAGGCCUGCUAACACGGCGAUACGCCUGGGGAGCUAUAGAUGUUGAAGAUCCACGGGUAAGUGAUAUUAGUAUGUUACGAAAGAUCUUGACACAGACACAUGUGAGUGAUCUACGUGACACAACCGAGUAUGUAUUGUACGAAAACUACCGGACACACAAGUUAUCACAGGAGUUAGCAGAAGAAGUUUCAGAAGAAGCAGAAUCUGUUGUGAGUGGAGAAGAAGCAUCUUCAUCAUCAUCAAUGGUUACUCAUAUGAAUGCAUCAGGUACGCCAUCAACAGUAUUGUCAUCGUCUACUGGGAAUGCGAUAUCAUCAUCUUCAACUGGAGCAUUGCUUGCACGAGAGCAACAAAUCUGGGCGAGUGAGCAACGACUCAAGGAUACGGAAAGCAAGCUUGCAAGAGAUGUGGCAGCACGACGGGCAGAGAUUGCAGCACAGGAGCAAGAACUGAAACGGUUGGAACUAGAGUUAUUGACCAAAGCUGCAGCUAUGAGUUUGGGUAAUGGGAGAAGAGUUGAGAGUAGUCAAAGCAUUGGGUAUUGA